CGCCCACCAUGGCCCAGCAACAGAUGACCAGCUCGCAGAAAGCCCUAAUGCUGGAGCUCAAGUCCCUGCAGGAGGAGCCUGUGGAGGGUUUCCGAAUCACGCUGGUGGACGAGAGCGACCUGUACAACUGGGAGGUGGCCAUCUUCGGGCCCCCCAACACCCUCUAUGAAGGGGGGUACUUCAAAGCUCACAUAAAGUUUCCAAUAGAUUACCCGUACUCCCCUCCGACUUUCCGCUUCCUGACGAAGAUGUGGCACCCCAAUAUUUAUGAGAACGGCGACGUGUGCAUCUCAAUCCUUCACCCUCCUGUAGAUGAUCCACAGAGUGGCGAGUUACCUUCCGAGAGGUGGAACCCCACCCAGAAUGUCAGGACCAUUCUACUGAGUGUGAUCUCUCUGCUGAACGAACCAAACACCUUUUCCCCGGCCAACGUAGACGCUUCUGUAAUGUUCAGGAAAUGGAGGGACAGUAAAGGAAAGGACAAGGAGUAUGCAGAGAUUAUCAGGAAACAAGUGUCGGCGACUAAAGCCGAAGCCGAGAAAGAUGGCGUGAAAGUCCCGACCACCCUCGCGGAGUACUGCAUCAAAACCAAAGUGCCUUCUAGUGAUAACAGCUCAGACUUACUCUACGACGACUUGUACGACGACGACAUAGACGACGAAGACGAGGAGGAAGAGGACGCCGACUGUUACGACGACGACGAUUCCGGGAACGAGGAGUCGUGACGCCCUCAUGCGUCCGUUCUCUCCCUUCUCACGGCCUGAAAAAA